AAAAUAACGCACGAUGUAUUCAACAAUUAAGAACAUUGUUUAGAAAACUGGAUGAAUAACGCUUGGUGGCUGAAAAAUAUUUUGAUAUUCAGCGGCGUGACCAGUGCAGGAUUAGCAGCAUUCUUCGUACACCGUCAUAUAACCUCUUUGCCCUCCUCUACUGUAGCUCUGCGCUUUAGCAAAUUAUCAGAUUCUGCAGCUGAAAGCCUUUCAAUGGCAGAGACAACACUCAUUCACACAACUGAUGCAUGGAAGGGCUUAGAGGCACAUGUUGCAGAUAUCCGUAAGACACAUUUACGUGACUUAUUGAAGGAUGAAUCCCGCUGUAAAUCAAUGAGCAUAGAAUAUGAUGGGAUUACAUUGGAUUACUCACGGCAAAGAGCAACACAGGAGACAUUGGAGAAACUUUUUAACCUUUCCAAGGUUGCACAUCUGAAGGAGAAGAUUGACAGAAUGUACAAUGGAGAGCAUAUAAACAGUACAGAGAAUCGUGCUGUGCUUCACAUUGCACUAAGGGCAGCCAAGGAUACAGUUAUUAACUGUGAUGGGAAAAAUGUUGUUGAUGAUGUCUGGAAUGUUCUUGACAAAAUUAGUGAAUUUUCAGAAAGGUUCCGGAGUGGUGCUUGGGUAGGUGCAACAGGGAAGCCACUCAAAGACGUUGUAUCGAUAGGUAUUGGUGGCAGCUUCUUAGGGCCACUCUUUGUGCACACUGCACUUCAAACAGAUCCAGAGGCAGCAGAGAAGGCAAAAGGCCGUCAGUUGCGAUUUUUGGCAAAUGUGGAUCCAGUUGAUGUAGCACGGAGUCUUAAUGGUUUAAAUCCAGAGACUACAUUAGUUGUUGUUGUCUCAAAGACAUUUACAACAGCAGAGACCAUGCUAAAUGCUAGGACAUUGAGGACAUGGAUUAUAUCUGCCCUUGGGCCUGAUGCUGUUGCAAAGCACAUGGUGGCAGUUAGCACAAACCUCAAGCUUGUAAAAGAAUUUGGAAUUGAUCCCCAGAAUGCUUUUGCAUUUUGGGAUUGGGUUGGUGGCCGAUACAGUGUGUGCAGUGCUGUGGGUGUUUUUCCAUUAUCACUUCAGUAUGGCUUCCCUAUUGUAAGCAAGUUCUUGGAAGGAGCACGGAGUAUAGAUCACCACUUCCACACAGCUCCCUUUCAAAAAAAUAUUCCUGUUUUACUAGGCCUCUUGAGUGUGUGGAAUGUAUCCUUUCUUGGGUAUCCUGCUAGGGCCAUCUUGCCUUAUUCUCAGGCUCUAGAGAAGUUUGCACCACAUAUCCAACAGCUCAGCAUGGAGAGUAAUGGGAAGGGAGUUUCCAUUGAUGGCACCCCAUUGCCUUUUGAGGCUGGUGAAAUAGAUUUUGGGGAACCUGGAACAAACGGCCAGCAUAGCUUUUACCAGUUAAUUCAUCAGGGUCGGGUGAUUCCUUGUGAUUUUAUUGGUAUUAUCAAUAGUCAGCAGCCAGUGUAUUUGAAAGGUGAAGUUGUAGAUAACCAGGAUGAACUCAUGUCUAAUUUCUUUGCACAGCCAGAUGCUCUUGCAUAUGGGAAGACCGCAGAAGAGUUGAAGAAUGAGAAAGUUCCUGAUAAUCUGAUUACGCACAAGACAUUUUCUGGUAAUCGACCAUCACUUAGCAUCUUACUACCAUCAUUGACAGCAUACAAUAUAGGCCAGUUGCUAGCAAUGUAUGAACACAGGAUUGCAGUUGAGGGUUUUAUUUGGGGCAUUAAUUCAUUUGAUCAGUGGGGUGUUGAACUAGGCAAGUCAUUGGCAUCUCGAGUUCGUACCCAACUGAACCUUGCUCGUACUCAAGGAAAAGCAGUGGAGGGUUUUAACCACAGUACAACUGCCUUGAUAAAUCGAUACCUGAAGGAAAAAUCUCCUAUUCCCUCCGAGUCAUGUGACUUGCUUCCUUCGAGUGUAUAGUUGGAACUCGUUGACCUGUUGAGUAUAGUCAGUAUGAGAAACAUUUCUGCAUCUAUAUAUACAAUAAAGAGGAUUUAGAGCUCCCUAUGAUGUAAGUUGGUUGGUUGAUGUUUGCGCAAUCAGAUACACAGUUGAUUUAUCUAAAAAUACAGAAUUUUUGGGUUCAUGCUUAUAUUUUAUUCGAAAAUAAGGUGCAAUUCCCAAGAAGGAAACCUGCCAAAGCCAUUUCAUAUUAUCAGAAAUUUAUUGUGAUAGUUUGUCUUAAAAGUAUCCUCUUUCUUAAUAUUUCUCGAAUAUGUCAAAUUUUUGUCAUCUUUUAUGUUGUUGCCUUGCAAGAUGUAAUAAAGCCAGGCAUUAAGAUUCAUGUGUUAAACAUGGACCGUAGAAUGCUAGAUCUACAGUCAAAGAAGUAGAUUAAUCUGUUGAAUCUGGCUUGUUAUUUGAUCCUCAUGAAAACUUAAUUGAACAAUACUAGUUCAUGUUACCAUUAAUCAGGCAACGUGAACUAUUAGAUGCA